ACAUUGAACUGGGUGAAUGGGAUAUGAAUGACAGUCAUCCCACAUGCUGUAAUAUAAAUAAGGCCAUGCUCAUGAAAAAAAAAUCUAUUGUCCUCGGUGGUCAUAAACAGCACUGACCGUCACUAGUGUGUCUGUCUGUGUGCGUGUGUGUGUGUUUAUUUGGGUGUUUUGGGCAAUUAACUGAACCCUCAACCUGAUGUUUUGUAUGCUGUGCCAACACAUGGACAUACCUGUGUUUCCUGUUUUGACAGGUUACACUGAUCCCUGCCAUUGUUCAUUGGUUACACUGCCAAGUCAAGUGUGGGAACUGAAUCUGACAUGUCACAGAUAGUACCUUCCUGUCAGAGUAUUUUAUCAAACACCCACCCACCCCAAAAUGAUAAGCUCCCUGUUAUUGUAAUGGUGAGUGGUUAGCAUGUCUUUGGGGUAUGAUAUUUGUGCAUCUGUAACUUUCUCACUCAUCAAUAUUGACGAUUCAUUCAGGACUCUCCGUAAUCUUGGCUGCAUCCACAUUCAUCUAAGUAGAAACAUAUUCUAUUCUUAUGUACAAUAAAAGUGACUCCAAAAUGACACUAAACAUUAUUUACCAUUAAUUUAUUUUGGGCACAAAAUGAUCUGAAACACAACCAAAACUAACAUGAAAUGCAUCAAUGAAAGCCUGAUGUAAUCAUUGCAUGCUAUGAAUAUGGGACCAAAUUCUUAACUUUUUACUACUUUAAAUAAACAAAUAAGUUCAUUUGUCCAAAUCAUUUUGGUCUCCUAAAAUGUGAAAUUAAAGUACAAGAAGUACUUUAAUUUCUAAACGGUUCACCCAAUCUGCACUUUAACAUCAUAGCCAGUGUAUAAUUUCAAAUCCAAAGUGCUGUGGUACAGAGCCAAUAAUUUAGGAGCUCACUGUUUAUCAUCAAUAUGUGUCUUAAAAUAAAUACAUAUAUUUUAUUUUGAAAGAAUGACUGUCAAACAAUUUGCAUACAGGGAGGGACAGGGAAUUGUGGUCACAAUGCGGACACAGUGGACAGAUAAGAAACACAUUUUAAUACCAUGUGUAGAUAGAUGCAUGCCUGAAAAUGUGGGCACAAUGUGGACACAGUGGACAGAUAAGAAACACAUUUUAAUACCAUGUGUAGAUAGAUGCAUGCCUGAAAAUGUGGGCACAAUCAGAAUGUAGACAAGUUCAGAACAAAUUAUGAAUUUUAGCACCAGGUAUAAACAAGACUAGAGUGAACAACUAAGACGGACAUAAGGGACAGUUUCCUGGACAGGAGGAACAGUUUGAAACACAAGAACAUCUACUAACAAACACACUGACACAUUAAAUAUACAAAGCAUUCAUCAUCACGUCAAACUUCAUGGGCCCGGUUUCCUAGACAAAGAUUAAGUAGGCUAGGGACAAAAAAAGCAUUGUAUCCGGUAACUUCCAUUGAUGCUAAAUUCAAUAUUACUUGAAUAGGAACUUGUGGGGUUGAUUCCAAGGACCUGUAUAGAAUGUAUCAUCCACAAUGGCCCUCAAAAAGCCUGGUGUCACAAAGGAACAACAAUGUGCUGCUGAAUCAUUCAUUCACAUUCAAGUGUCCUAUUUUAGGUCAAUACGAAGGUACUGUCAUUCUCAUAUACUGCUGGGGGUGAAUAGGUUUUAUGUGUCACAAUGUUAUUUUAAGAGGCUGUGAAUAAGUAAUUGAAUGAAUUAAUAGGUUUCCCCACUUGAAGUUAAUCAUCCCACAAUCAUGUUGCUGCCUUUCCACAUCUUUUGCCUUAUCACUCCUCCCUUCCUUGAAAUGUAAUGUAAAGGCAAAGCUACUCAAUACUUUAACGUUUAUGUUCUGUCUAUUCUGUCUAUUCUGCAUUAUAAACUGGGUGGUUGGAGACCUGGAUGCUGAUUGUCUGACAGCCGUGGGAUAUCAGACCGUAUACCACGGGACGCGCUCGACAACCAUAAACUCGCCGCACCACCACUGGCACACGGGAUGAGAAGAGGAGGAGAAGGAGGAGGAGAAGAAGAAGACGGAGAAGGUCAUGGACAUGGACAAGUCCUAUACAACAUAAGGAAUACAAUCAGUGGCAGCUCUUCAUUCCACGACUACAAUCUGGGUAAAUCUGAGAUGGACAAAUAUCUGUCCCCUUAUCCUCAGGAAGUCCCAGACUCCAGACAGACAUCUUUCACAGAGGACCUUAGUUCCCCAUACAGCAUCAACAUGAGCCUUCUCUUCCCUGACAUCACUUACCUGAGACCGGGCAUAUGUCGGCCUAUGAGACCCAUCAAGACAGAGCCUCUCUCCCACUCCCUCAUGCACCCCAGUUGCCACGGCAACCUUGGUCCAACAACCCUUCUAGAACACCCUGGGCUUUAUGGUGCUUCAACAGACACAGGAAGUAGCAUGUUCAUCAAACAGGAAAUGCACACCCUGGACUUCCCAGAUGUUCCGUUGUCCCAGCUAUUGAACUCUGAGCUAGAGCAGCUGGUGCCUAGUCGUCCAGUGAACUCAGACCUCCACAGCGGGGUCCCCGUGUCCGCCUUGUCGUUCCCUUUCAGCAACGUCCACUUAUCAUCCCCCCAGAGUGCUGUCAAAUCUAUGGGAUGCCCACAAAAUGGUGGCUAUACUCUGCAAACCCAGUUCGCAAGCCAUUCGCAGCAGCGACCAGCCUAUCUUCCUCUGUCCCCGCCCAACUCCAAGCCAGGGAGCCCGGACAGAGGGAAAGAGCUGAUCCAGAAUCUGUUUCUGCCUCCAUCCUAUGCAGCAAGGAUUGCCUCGAAUCUGAGUCCUGGUCUUAUGCCAGUCCAAAGCUCAGGUCUAGGACUUGUUCAGAGUCCAGGUCUUGGACAAGGCCAAAGUUCUAGCCUUGGAGCAGGCCUGAGCCCCGGUGUUGGGCCAGUGUCCCCAGCAUUGGCCCAGACAGGUCCGGGGAGGUGUAACCGCAGGAAUAACCCUGACCUGGAGAGGAGGAGGAUACAUCACUGUGACUUUUCAGCAUGUAAGAAAGUCUACACCAAGUCCUCCCAUUUAAAGGCCCAUUUGCGGACACAUACGGGAGAGAAGCCAUACCAAUGCUCCUGGGAGGGGUGCGAGUGGUGCUUCGCUCGUUCCGACGAGCUGACUCGACACUUCAGGAAACACACAGGGGCCAAGCCCUUCCAGUGUGGUGUGUGUAACCGCUGUUUCUCCCGGUCUGACCACCUGGCUCUACACUCGAAGAAGCACCAGAGAUAGGGAAACCUACAUAAAUCAUAUUUUUUUAUUAGAUCUAAGUCAAAUGAAACAUUAUAUUUAAGUUAAUCUCAACACAAUACAAUUGUGACUGCAACAUGGGUGUCAGAUUUUCCAUGUAUUUAUUUUAGUAAAUACUGCCAUAGUUAGAUUUUUUUAGUAAGAGCUCAAAGGUGGAUUGAGUCAAGCUAUAAUGACAAACGAGCUACUUUUAGUAUCUCUAUGGUUUAUCUACAGCAGUUUCCCAAACCUCUGCUCAAGUAUCCCCAGCUAUUCCACGUAUUUGAUCUAUUCCGGUACUAGCACAUCUGAUUCAACCAAUCAUGUUUGACGAUGAGUUGACCAGUUGAAUCAGGUGUGCUAGUACUGGAAUAUAUCGAACAAGUGUAACAGUUGGGGGUACUCAAUGAGAGGUUUAGAAAAUGUAAACCCAGAUCUACUGUAUCAUCGCUUCCUUUUGGCACUGAAGGACAAUAUUUGACAAUGUAUUGCUAUUGACAUUUAGGUAUAACUACCUUCCAUUGCUGUAGACCGUGUACAAAGGGAAGUCGAAGUAUUUUUAAAUAUAUAUUGUUAAAAAAUAAUAUCAUGCAUUAUAUUGAUUAUACUGAUUUUCCAAGUGCCUUUUAAAGCUAGACUCCUUAGUUGCUACAUCCAUUUUUGGACUCAUAAAUGAAUGACAUAUAACCAUUGAUUCUUGAGGUAUAUAACUUAUAAAUGCCUCAUGAGCUUAGUUCAACUUGUUUUACUCCAAUGUUUGUAAACAGCAUAAAUGUGAAACACUGUAUAGCCUCCAAACAUGGUUAAAACUAUACAUUUGAUGUCAUGAAUGGUCAGUCCUUACAUCUAUGUCUAUGAAUUUGAGGUGUUACAUUUCUCCAGCCCAAUCCCUUCGAUUUUUAGCAAAACGAGCAGGAGUACGCUUUGUUAUUGUUUAAUUAAGGAUUCUACCUGUAAUGUUUUAUAAAUUAAUUAAAGAUGACGUGAAAGACCAGUCUGGUACACUGUAAAAACAACUUGAUUACUGCCUUUCUUGUCUAUACAAAAAUGUAAGAUACUGUAUGUACUGUGUGUUGUAAAUUUGA